AUGGAAGUAAGCGACAAAAAGAAGAAACUUGGCGUAUUUUAUCGCAUCGGUAAGUAACUUUGUGACAAAUAUUUUAUAUACAGACCUGUAUUAAUACAGCUAGUAUUAAAACAAUGUCAGUGACCUUGAGUUAAUAAUAUUAUCUAAUACCAGUGUAAUAGUAUUGAGAAUUUUGAUUUUAUGUUUUGUAACUUUGUUGUUGCAGUAAAAAGACGAAUAUUGCGAUAUCAAAGUGGCAGUCUAGGGCUGUUUCCUUUACGCCCAUUUGGCGGUAAACCUGCUGAAGGUCAUGUUAGGGAUAAUGUGUAUUGUGCUCAAGUUGUCUGGGCAUUGGCUCUUGCUUACAG